AUGUCGGAUCGGGUCCCGGUGAUGACGCCACAAUUAUCAGCGAAAAGGCUUGCAACCUUCUUGAUCAUUCCAACACCGAUCGACGAGUUUCUGAUGAAGCCUGCCAUCUCCACCGGACCUAUUUUUCACGUCGACUACUACUACCGUAGCAGUCUCCGUAACAUCCCCGAUAUUGUCAAUUUUACCUCCAGCUACAGGAAUCACGAGAAUAUUGACCUCAUUCGGAUUGGCGAUGCUUAUUACUACUCGGCCUCAACCUUUCAGUACUCUCCCGGAGCAGUUAUUCUUCGGUCAUACGAUCUAGUGAAUUGGGAAUAUCUGUCUCACUCGGUUCCAAGCCUCGACUUCCAAGCUACCGAGGCCUUCAAUCUGGAAUCCGGCUCACGUUACAACCAAGGCAUCUUUGCAUCAUUCUUCAACUAUCGAAAGAGCACAGACACUUUCUACUGGGGUGGCUGUAUUGUGGGUGACGGCAAUACCUACGUCUACACAGCUCCUACAGUUGAAGGACCAUGGACUCAGAGUUCUAUCAUCAACCAGUGUAUAUACGAUGCUGGUAUGCUGAUCGAUGAUGACGACAAGAUGUAUGUGGCUCACGGUCAUACGAAUAUCUCUGUGGCCCAACUGAGUGACGAUGGUCUUCAAGUCGUCCGGGAUGAAGUUGUCUUCGAAUCAACCGAGGAACUGGGAUACAUCGAAGGAGCUCGGUUCUACAAGCGGAACGGAGCUUGGUACCUAUGGAUCGUCAAACCCGUCCCGAGCCAGAUCGUUCUGAAGUCGACAGUUGGACCGUUUGGGCCUUACGAGUGGCGAUGGGUUCUCCAAAGCAACGGAAAUCCCGUUCCUGGCGCCGGGAACCCCCACCAAGGCGCCAUUGUGAGCACGCCUGACGAUGCUUGGCACUACAUCGCCCAUCUUGAAGCAUACCCCGGUGGGCGUAUUCCAGUUCUUGCUCCCAUCUACUGGGAUGAGGAGGGCUGA